GCCCACAUGAGCGUGUGCGAAAAGCAAGAGCAAGAAGAAGAAGAAGAAGCAGAUGCUGACUUCCGGUUUCCUCAAGCGGUGACGAGCGCAUCGAGUAAGUUGCUGUGACCGAGGCGGACAUCAGAAAUCGGCGAGUGGGAACCUUUCAGCAUACAGGAAAAGUGUCGGAGCAUUGAUCUUGUCAGCUGACCUUCUGACGCUCAGUCGAGCGUCUGCCACCACCCACACUUGACCGGCGGAAGCGUGUGCGCACGCAGCAUCACACGUCAUCAUGGUGCUCGCCGAUCUGGGCCGCAAAAUCACGUCGGCGCUGAGGUCCCUCAGCAACGCCACCAUCAUCAAUGAAGAGGUCCUCAACUCCAUGUUGAAGGAGGUGUGCGCCGCCCUCCUCGAAGCCGACGUCAACAUCAAGCUGGUCAAGCAGCUCCGAGAGAAUGUUAAGGCUGCCAUCGACCUGGAGGAGAUGGCGUCGGGUCUGAACAAGAGGAGGAUGAUCCAGCACGCCGUCUUCAAGGAGCUGGUCAAGCUGGUUGACCCCGGCGUGAAGGCGUGGACGCCCGUCAAAGGCAAGAACAACGUCAUCAUGUUUGUCGGCCUGCAGGGCAGCGGCAAAACCACGACCUGCUCAAAGCUGGCGUACUACUACCAAAGAAAAGGCUGGAAGACGUGCCUCAUCUGCGCCGACACCUUCCGCGCCGGCGCCUUCGAUCAGCUCAAACAAAACGCCACCAAGGCCAGGAUCCCCUUCUACGGGAGUUACACAGAAAUGGACCCGGUGGUGAUCGCAGCAGAAGGCGUGGAGAAGUUCAAAGGCGAGAACUUUGAGAUCAUCAUCGUGGACACCAGCGGACGCCACAAACAGGAGGACACGCUCUUUGAGGAGAUGCUGCAGGUCUCCAACGCCGUGCAACCCGACAACGUCGUCUACGUGAUGGACGCCUCCAUCGGUCAGGCCUGCGAGUCUCAGGCCAAAGCCUUCAAGGACAAAGUGGACGUGGCCUCGGUCAUCGUCACCAAGCUGGAUGGACACGCCAAAGGGGGCGGAGCUCUGAGCGCCGUGGCGGCCACCCGCAGUCCCAUCGUCUUCAUCGGAACCGGCGAGCACAUCGACGACUUCGAACCCUUCAAGACGCAGCCGUUUGUCAGCAAACUGCUCGGCAUGGGCGACAUCGAGGGCCUGAUCGACCGAGUCAACGAGCUGAAACUGGACGACAACGAGGAGCUGAUUGACAAACUCAAACACGGCCAGUUCACCCUCAGAGACAUGUACGAGCAGUUCCAGAACAUCAUGAAGAUGGGACCCUUCGGACAGAUCAUGGGAAUGAUUCCAGGCUUCGGAACCGACUUCAUGAGCAAGGGGAACGAGCAGGAAUCCAUGGCCAGACUCAAGAAACUCAUGACCAUCAUGGACAGCAUGAACGACCAAGAGUUGGACAGCAAAGACGGCGCCAAGCUGUUCAGCAAGCAGACCAACCGCAUCCAGCGCGUCGCUCGCGGGGCGGGCGUGGCCACCCGGGACGUCCAAGAGCUUCUGACCCAGUACACAAAGUUCGCCCAGAUGGUCAAGAAGAUGGGCGGCAUCAAAGGCCUGUUCAAAGGAGGAGACAUGUCCAAGAAUGUCAACCCGUCGCAGAUGGCCAAACUCAACCAGCAGAUGGCCAAGAUGAUGGACCCGCGAGUGCUUCACCACAUGGGCGGCAUGCAAGGCCUGCAGUCGAUGAUGCGCCAGUUCCAGCAGGGGGCGGCGGGAAACAUGAAAGGCAUGAUGGGAUUCAACAACAUGUGAGCGACGGCGAGCCGCAGCGGCUUCCUCCGAGGGCGGCAGCGGCGCGCUUUUGUCUUUCUUUUUCUUUCUUGAUGAAGACGAUUGGACGAUCGAGCUAAAGUUUUCGUUUUUAAUCAGAAUCGCAGCCGACGUGUGCUGGGUGACGUCGUCACUCAGGAAACUUUUCUGAAUUAAAUAUAAACUUCAUAUUCUAAUUCUGGUUUGUAUGGAAUUACUCUGUCGCUGCAUUUAAUUUAUCAUGCCAUCAUUUCCUCACCCGUUCCAAAGAAACAAGAAAAAUAAAACACUGCAUAACAGCAGAGUUCAUCUUU